UGGUCGCGCUCUGUCGUCGUCUUCCCCCUCGCCUCGCCUCCUCCGCCUCGCCUCGCCUCGCCUCGCCUGCGAGCGGCCUACAAAAGCGGGGGAGGCGGCCCGAGCAACGCCGCACCCACACCUCCUCUCCUCUCCUCUCUUCUCCUGUGUCUGUAGCGCUUGCUGCUUGCGACCAAACCAUCCUCUUCCUCUCCUCUCCUCUCCUCUGCUUCCUAUUGACUAAUCAAAAAACGUAAAAAACAAUUCGCCAAUUCCUCCUCUCCUCCUCGCUUGACUCCGCCCGGGACAGGACAGUCCUACAUGUGGUUGUUGGCCUCGCUUGGCGCCUCUUCUCACCUCUAGUCCCGUCUCUUGGCCUUUGGAGCCGCCGCCGCCUCGUCGUCGUCUUCUUCCUCGUCUCCGGAGACCGGGAGCCGCGGCCGGCGGCGGUCGCUUUCUCGGCCCCCUCUCCCACCAACUCGUUAUUCCUCUUCCAGACCAGGUGGUAAAGCCAGGAUUCUACCAUUACAAUGACGAUCUGCAGUUGUGAAGAGACGAUCAACGAGUUUGAGAUGUUAACGCGUGAUGCUGGGCGCGUGCAGCAGGAUACACUGAAAAAGAUCCUUGAGAUAAAUGCUAAUGCUGAGUACCUGCAGAAUUAUGGGCUUGGGGGGAGGACUGAUGCCGAGAGCUUCAAAUCCUGCAUCCCAUUAUGUGUGCACAACGAUAUUGAGCCCUAUAUCCAGAGGAUUGUUGAUGGGGAUUCCUCACCAGUGGUCACUGGGGAGCCCAUCACCAACCUCUCUCUCAGUUCCGGUACAACACAUGGAAAGCCCAAGUUCAUUCCAUUUAAUGAUGAAUUGCUUGAGACCACACUUCAAAUAUUCCGCACCUCUUACGCAUUUAGGAACCGUGAAUACCCUAUUGGCCAAGGAAAAGCAUUGCAGUUUGUUUAUGGUAGCAAGCAAGUCAAAACGAAAGGCGGCAUCCUUGCAACAACUGCAACAACAAACCUGUAUCGCAGACAACGUUAUAAGGAAGGAAUGAAAGAUAUUCAAUCACAGUGCUGCAGUCCUGAUGAAGUUAUCUUUGGCCCCGAUUUCCACCAAUCCUUGUACUGUCACUUGCUGUGUGGGUUGAUAUACUCAGAGGAGGUCCAUUCAGUGUUCUCAACAUUUGCUCACAGCCUAGUCCAUGCAUUUCAAACAUUCGAGGAGGUUUGGAAAGAUCUAUGUGCUGAUAUAAGAGAUGGUGUUCUCUCAGAGAAAGUUACAGCCCCAUCGAUUCGUGAGGCUGUUUCAAAAAUCCUGAAGCCCAAUCCUGUACUUGCUGACUCAAUCUACAAGAAGUGUAUCGGUUUGAGCAACUGGUAUGGAGUGAUCCCAGCACUGUGGCCAAAUGCAAAGUACGUGUAUGGUAUCAUGACAGGAUCCAUGGAGCCAUACCUAAAAAAGCUAAGGCAUUAUGCCGGGCACUUGCCACUCAUAAGUGCUGACUACGGUGCAUCAGAAGGAUGGGUUGGGUCUAACAUAAACCCCACUGUGCCACCAGAGCAGGUGACAUAUGCAGUUCUCCCACAAACUGGUUAUUUUGAGUUCAUUCCUUUGGAGAAACCAAAAGGGGAGGAAACAGAAAACAGUGCCUCUAUUCAUUACAUAGAAUCAGAUCCAGUUGGCUUGACUGAAGUUGAGGUCGGGAAAAUCUAUGAAGUUGUAAUAACUAACUUCGCAGGUCUAUAUCGAUACAGGCUGGGAGAUGUCGUGAAGAUAGUGAGGUUCCACAACUCGACACCUGAGCUCCAAUUCAUCUGUCGCAGAAGCCUAGUGCUGAGCAUCAACAUCGACAAGAACACCGAGAAGGACCUCCAGUUGGCUGUUGAGGAGGCAUCAAAGCUCCUGGAAGGGGAGAAGCUCGAAAUUGUUGAUUUCACAAGCUACGUGGAAAGAUCAAGCGAUCCAGGGCGCUACGUGAUCUUCUGGGAGCUGAGCGCCGAUGCGAGCGACGAAGUCUUGAGCAGCUGCGCAAAUGCCUUGGAUCUAGCCUUUGUCGAUGCAGGCUACACGGGUUCAAGGAAGAUCAAGACGAUCGGCCCCCUUGAGCUCCGGAUACUCAGGAAGGGAACCUUCGAGGAGAUCUUAGAUCACUUCCUGAGCCUUGGUGGUGCAGUGAGCCAGUUCAAGACUCCCAGGUUCGUCAACCCAUCAAACAGCAAGGUGUUGCAGAUACUGAGUAGAAAUGUCACCCAGAGUUAUUUCAGUACUGCCUAUGGACUCUGAUACAAAAAACAUCUAGAUGCUAGCAGCUGCAUGUAAUUACCUUUCCCCUUUUCUUUUUCAGCUUUGGUUUUUAGUCUCCUCUGGAAGAAAGACGUUUGGUUUAGUCUCUUGAAUAAUCUGUUUUCUUAUCCUGGUUGUGACUAGAAUCUAUGUAAAUGGCCAUCUGUAGUGAAUGAAAGUUAUGGUGAGGUUAUCAGGCAAAAAGAUGUUAUAUGUCCCCUGACAAAUAUAUAGAUUCUGCAAAGUAAAUUCAAAAGGAUUUUUGGUGAUA